AUGGCAACAUUCUCCUUUGGAGCUCAGCUCUACAGAGCAGUAUCCAUAGCAGUCCUUUCAUUAUGGGCAACAACCGCCCUAGGCUUCACGGCCCUCGACGUCCUAAACACGAACAAUAACCUCGUCUCCCCAGUCGCCUCAAUCAGUCUUCUCACCUACCUAAUCUGCCGCAUCCUCGUAUAUACUCAAGGCCAAAAUGACUCAAUCGCACACCUUCUAACAGCACCCCGCCGUUCCCGCGGCGAGGCACUCGCCAUGCUCCUGUUCUGCGGAACCUGGCUGUACGAACUAGUCUACAAGGCUAUGCUGAUGUUCUUCCUUACUCUCUUCGGCGGAAUCAUGGCUACGGCUAUCUCUAACGAUAAUUUCGAGUCUGAGUCUGGGUCGGAAUCGGAGUUUGCAGCCGAAUCCUUUGCUUCGGACUCGGAUAUGGCUGGGUCUGCUUUGGCUGAGAUUGAUCAGUUCAAGGAGAGCGCCGGGGUGGAUCCGGUUGAGAUCUUUAAGCGGAUCCCUCCUAAGUUAUUGGUUUACUUUGCUAUUAUUAUCUGGGUUAACUUUGGAACAAUGAGUCUUUAUGUUUUGAGGCUUUCGUGGAGGUCUGUUAAGGUUGUUUUGGGUACACCUCCAGCUUCGAAUUCUGUCUCCGAGAAGCAAUAG